UAGCCUUGUCUGAGAGAAGCAGAAACAGCCUUGCCCACUGAUUCGAGCUCAGUUCCUGCACACACCAGAGGGCAGAACGGAAGGCAAGUCUUGGGAGCUGCGGGAGCUGCCCUCCCAAUGCCCACCACAGUCAUCCCUGCCCUCUGCUCCCUGCUGCCAAAGCUGCUUCUCCUCCUCUCAGGAGCCUGUGAACAGAGCCUCGAGACCAGCAGCGAGGGGCAGGUGCUACAGCCUGAGGGCCCCAUGCUGGUUCAGGAGGGUGAGUCGCUCCUGCUGCGGUGUUCUGUGGCCGGCUCCUGCGUCGAUGACAUGAUCAAAUGGGUCAAGGUGAGCGAUCAGCGCCAGCAGGAGACUUACAACUUCAAACAUGGCUUCUUCCCGGGAGUGACACCCUUGAUCCAGCGGACACUGGAGCCACAUAAUUGCGACUAUUCCAUCUAUUUUCACAAUGUCACCAAGGAGCAGGCUGGCACCUACCACUGCAUGCAGUUUGAUGACUUGAGUAAGAACUCAAAAGUGGACCUGGAUGAGGGCACCUCAGUGCUUGUGAAGGGAGCUGGAGACCAAGAGCCAGACCUCUGGAUCAUCCAGCCCCAGGAGCUGGUGCUGGCAAUUGCUGGAGACACUGUCAUCCUGAACUGCACAGUACUUGGAGAUGGUCCCCCUGGUUCCAUCAGGUGGUUUCGAGGAGCUGGUCUGAGCCGGGAAGCCAUUUACAACUUCGGAGGCAUCUCCCACCCCAAUGUGACAGCGGUUCAGGCCUCCAGUGUUGAUUUCAGCAUUCUUUUCCAAAGCGUCUCCGUUGAAGAUGCAGGCACCUACUACUGUGUAAAGUUUCAGAGGAAACCCAACAGACAAUACCUGUCUGGGCAGGGCACCAGGCUGAGAGUGAGCGCAAAUCCCAUAUCUCCCCAAGAUGCAGAAUUCACCAAUGAACAUGGGCAAUACUGGCUACCUAUACCAGGCUACCUGUCUGUCCUCAUACAUGUGAUCCUGGGACUGAAGGUGGUGACACUGGCUGUUUCCCUGCUAGUCCUGGCUGCCCAAUGGAGGAGUCUCCAGCAAUAAGACAUCAAGAUCCCAGGCCCAGCAGAGCUGUGCUUAGCAUAGGGUGAGGGUAAGGGGUUAGCACAGCAUAUGCUGAGUCAGAGAGGGACCCAGGGCUCCUAAACCAUUUUUCUGCCUUUAUCCCAGCCUCAGAUGCUCCUCGAUCCUCCUGGAUCCUUCUAUUUAAAUUUCGUCCACCUGGUAAAAUUCCCCAUUAUGUACCAGGCUCCCGUCUGAUGUAUCUACCUCUCUUCUCAGCCUGUUCCAAACCUCGUUGUCCUCAAGGCCCUUGUCCCUGCUGCAGCCCCUCUGGAGUGCCCAGGGUUUCCUGGCGCAUCUCUAAGCUCGCCCAGUCAGACCUCUGGGGCCCCUCCAGUCAUAUCUUUCUCUUCCUCUUUUCCUGCAUUCUUUCCUUCCCCUUGUGGCUGGCUCAGGCAGCUCUAAUAGUUAGAAUGCAGACUUUGCAACUUGAAUAAAACUCUUAAAUAACAGUGACUUCAAAGACAAAGUUGAUUUUUCCAGUUAUACAAGCAUAAGCAGGCAAAGCUAUAUCUUUGAUAUAAAGACCCAGGAUUCCUUGACCUUCUUGCUACUAAGUACACAUCCCAGGCAGCAGGGCCUAAACAGAGGCAAUGAAUGGGAGCAUAACCCUCCCCUUCCUGGGCACAGCGCUGAAUGUGCCCUUCACUCUGAUUGGCUAGAGUGUGGUCAUAUGGUCAUACCUACCUGCAAGGAAGCUGGGAAAUGUAGUCUUUAUUCUGGCAACAGUGUGCUUUGCUAGAAUUUUCCAAAUAUUAGUGAAUAACCUCUUACUUGCUCUCUGGGACACCUGAGUCAAUUCCCAGCUGACACGGCACCCCCUCCAGCAAAGCCUCACAAUGGAGGAUAGUAGUUCUCAAGAAGAGACUUUUGCCCCCAAGGGUCAUUUGGCAAUAUCUAGAAACCUACUAGGUUGUCACAGUUUGGGGGGUGCUAUCCCCAUCUAGUGGGUAAAGUUCAGGGGUGCUCCUACCUGUCCUACAACGCACAGAGCAGUCCACACAAUGGUUAGCUGGGCCUCAGGGUUGCAAGCCCUGAGUGCAGACACACCUGACUGCUAUCCCUGAAGCCUCUGCUCUCUCCCAUGGGCUCUUAGCAACUAUAUGGCCACUUCACCUCUCAGAACAUGGAGAACGAUAGUGCGGACGUCUCUGCCCUAACAACCAACUCUAAUCAGCGUUUACUGAGGGCUGGACAUGUGCUAUGUGCCCUAUGAGCGCCCUGUCUUCCCUUCCUUGGGAACACUUAUUAAAUGUCCCUACCAUGUGGGGAAGUGGGUUAGUAUGGAUGUUUCUUAUCACAACAGAGAAACAGCUUAAACAAACCUAAAUCAAAGGAGACACUGAUUUAAUCUGAGUGCUAGUGCAUCGUUUAAUUACCAGAAAUCAGAAAGGGUAAAUAGGGUAAACUUAAUGUCACCUCCACACCCUCUAAGUCCUCAUCCCUAGCUUAAAAAAAAAAGGACUUCACCAGGGUAAUUAAGGAUCUUGAAUGGGGAGGCUAUCUUGUGCUACCCAGAGGGACCCUAGAUGCAGUGACAAUUGUGCUGAUGAGAGAGGGAGAUUUGAUACAGAAGAGGAAGAGGAGAAAGCAGUGCAGCCACAAAGGCAGAGAUGUGGUGAUAACAAGGCACAGAAUGCCAGCAGCCACCAGAAGCUGGAAGGAACAAGGAACAGAUUCUCCCCAGAGCCUCUGAAGGGCGCAGGACCCAGCUGAAACCUUAACUUCAGCACAGUGAUACUGACUGCAGACUUCUGACCUCCAGAACAAGGAGAAAAUAAAUUUUGUUGUU